AUGCUCUUGGAGGGUCCAGGAAAGCAGCGCUUCUCAAACAUGCAUAUGAAUUACCUGGAAACCUUUUUAAAUGCGGAUUCUGAUUCAGUUGAAGGUUCCUUGCCCCAGAUUCUCUUUGAGAAACAGCUUGUCAUUGGUCAAAAAGGCAAAAAGAAGAAAGAAAAAGCAAAGCCCCUGCUACUCAGCUACAGGAGUAUUAUUCACUCCCUUCAUAUCCACAUAGAAAUCACAAGGAGGCAGCACUUAUGAACAUUCAAAGAUUGCUUUACUUGUUUUGAUGCUGUUGAUGUGGUAUUAAAUCAUCUUACACAAAAUAUGUGCUUAAGUAGCAAUGAUAUCUCUCAUCUUUGCCAGGUACUAAUGAACCAUAGCGAGUCAAUAGGAAUGAAAUUAUUCAAAAUUGAAAAGGAAUUAGAAUCUGAAGAUUCCAACAGUAGUCUUUAUAGGUUUCUAGAAAGUAAUUAUUUUGUUUCUUGCAAAAGAAAAUAGGAUGAUGAGAAUGGUAAUGCAACAGUUGCAUGUUUGGAAUAUUUUCCUGACCAGUUCAUAUUUACAGUUAGGCAGCAGUUGAUUCAAAGCAGAAAUGAUGAGCCAAGAUUAACUAUUCCAAAAGAGAUACUCUUUACUGGCAUAGUUAAAUAUUAUAAUCAAGAGAGAGAUUGCCUAUUAAUUGAUGAGUAUGUUGAUAUACAUUUAGGAAUUUUUCAACUUUUAGAAAAUGAGAAAAGAACAGAAGCAAUACUUCUAACAUUGUUGUUGCCCAACAUUCGAGAAGAAUUACAAUGGCUACCUACUUUUAUGGCUAUUGCAUCAGAAUCUGAUGCCUACAAGUUAAUAGAUUAUAGAGGAGCAAGGGCAAAAACACCAGUUAUUUCAUUGGAUCUGGUUGAUAAGAAACUUCAGAAGCUUCCGCAUGGAGAAGAUUCAGAUGCCAUAUCAGGUUUCACAUUUUGUCAGCCCAUGACAAACAAGGAGUUUGAAAAACUAAAGGGAAGAACAAUUCAAUAGCUUCACCAGAUGGCUCUUGAACUUAAUAGUAACUCCAGCAUCUCUUUGAAACAAACAAACAAAUUAAUAAAAAAAAAAAAAAAACGCCAUCCAGAAGCUUUAAAUUAA